GAUCUUCACUGUCUCCUUGCCGAUUUCGUCAUCAUCAUAGUCUCCAUCACCAGCAUCUUUGCCGAGGCUUCCAGAUCCUUCUCUCGGAAACCUCCCAAAUUUCAGCUACCAUCACCACCUGCUUCUUCUUCCAGCCCCUAAUUUCCAUUAUCAUCCCCAUCUUCACCGUCAUCUUUUCGAUCUCAUCAUCACCAAUAUCUCCGGUCAUCAAGCAGCUCAAAAAAAAAAAAAAACGAAAAGAAAAGAAAAGAAAAGACGGAGCAGAUCUGGGUUUGACGAGGAAGGGGUUUGGCAGCCAAAAAUAAGGGGACUUUUUCCCCUACUCUAAGCAUUCCCUUUUUCUAUUCUUUUCUUUCCUUUCUUCCUGUCAUGCCCCAGAACCCAAAUCCGAGGCGCGACAAACACCGUGCACUCAUGAGACGGGUCCCACAAGUGCACAGGGCUUGGAACUUAUCAUAUCACACUCUGAUACCACCAAAAUCUAAAGAUCAAAUUAUAAAAUUCUCUCUGAUAUCAUAAAAUCUCCAAAUACAAGAUCAUGAUUUAUUUCUAAAAUCUAUAUCAAUCUCGAAAUGGCUAGUUUUCUAACUCGUCACUUCUCGUGGUUUUCCUGUCCUCGGUUUCACUUCCUGAAAUGGUGGACAAGGAAAAACUAUGAGAUAAACUCAGAGCAGCCGGCGGUGAGGAAGGAAGAACAGAGCAGAUCCAGAUUUCCAGCAGGGGGGAGAAUUUCUGGGUUCCAAAUCAGGUUCUUGGACAAGAAAAGAGGAGAAAAACACAAGCUUCUCACUGGUUUUCUCAAAGGCUGGCUAGGAUAUUUUGCGGAUCUGGAUUUUGGAGAGAAGAAAGAGGUUUUUUGUUUUGGGGUUGGUCUAAAAAAUGGGUCCUGGAGUCGGAGAAAGGGGAUUUCUGUUUGGAGGGGGCGGCGGUUGAGAGGAAGGAUCAUUGAACUUCCAGAGGAGCUUCAUUUUCUAGGUUUCAUCGCUGAAGGUAUUCUCUGAAACAGAGGGGGUUUUGGAAAGGUAGUGAAGGAGCUGGUCCCAUGGGUGGGAUCCCUCCCAUCAAAUCUGGAUUUAUUUUGCCGUGGGUGUUUCUGGUAUUUUUGUUGAUUUUUGUUGUAAUUUUCUUCAGGGUGUAUGUUUAAGCUGGUAUUUGGUUGCUAGAAAAUGAAUGGAAUCAAAGAUUAUCUGUUUAGGGUAAAUAUUCUUUUUAGUCCCUCUACCUUCUAUUAUAGGGAAAAACCUUUUUAGUCAUUGUACCAAAAAAAGCUUUUUUUUGGUCUUAUUGUUUAUAAAUUUGAUUUUUUUUA